AUGAAGUCUGCAUUAAGUUUAAAACAGUCUUUAUCAAAUGUACAAAAACCUAUCAAUGAUUCAAUAGAAUAUUAUCCUCUUCUUGAUUAUUCAUUUCAUGGAGCACAUCAAAUUGAAGAAGCUGUUUCGACUGGACCACGUUUAGCACCCGAUGCACCCAAUGUCAUUAAGGAAGGCUAUCGAUAUCAUUCAUAUGGAAUUAAUUUCAAUCAUAAUAAUUUAAAAGGUUCUUUGGAUACAUUACCUAAUUUUGUACAAAUGAUAUUUAUAAAUCCAAAUGCUUUUUCAAUAUUAGAUUUAUCAUUUAAUUUAUUCACAGAAAUUCCAAUUGCUAUUACACAAUUUUCAUCGCUUAAACAUUUUUAUUUUCAUAAAAAUCUUCUUGGCAAUCUAAAAGAUAUUGAAAAAUUAGUUUCAUUAAAAGAACUUACACAUUUAACAUUAUAUCUUAAUCCAAUUGAGGAUGAUGUACCUUAUCUUCGACUUUAUGUUUUAAGUUUAUUACCUGGUUUACAAAGUUUUAAUCGUGCACCAAUUACCAAAGGUGAUCUGAGAAUAAGUGGUAUAUGGCAACAAAUGAAUAAAACCUUAAGACCAAAAAGAAAAUAA